AUGAACAAGCAGAACAAAGCGGACACUACGAGCAAGGAGAGGGAAUUAGUCUCCUUUCUUUACCCCCAAACAGAACCGCAGUUCGCACUACACGAAAAUGAUGAUUACUCUAUAACUCUUUUGCAACAUUUUCUGCAACGUAGGCAACAUUUGAUUGACUCACAUGCGAAGUUCGUCGCUAAAGCAUUCCUCUAUCCCGAUCUGUCAUGUUCUAUUCAUUACUGGUUAAUGGCAUGUGUCGAAUACGGCACACCCCCGAAUGAUCCGAUGAUCAGCCAAAUCUGUUCUACAGCUGAAAUGGAGCCCUUGGCUGCUACCGUGCUAUCAAAGUUCUCAUCGGGUAAUCCUUCAAUACGUGAUGACCCAGCAAAACGCGCUGUGCAUCCUAAACAACAAGCUCAACAGCAGCAGGUCGCGUGAGA